CAUGCUAUUUCCGCCGCCUUUGCAACUUUCGCAGAAGUAAAAUAUCUAUUUAAGUAAAAACAAAAGAAGGAAUCUGGAACACACAAGGAAAAUGGUAGAGGCAGAUUUGUCUUUGAUGGAAAGCGAACCAGAUAUGCAGCUGCACAUCAGGUAAGCCAGUGAGAACUGCAUUGCAAUAAUCUUCUCAGAAGAGAAUGAGCAACACUGCAAGUUUGUUGGACAAGUUGAGAGACAGAUGCUUGCAAAUCUUUCCAGGAUGUCAGAGGUGGAAGUUUAAUACUUUACAAAGCUGGUUGAUGCAGAGGCAUAGUCAGACCACAUUGGACUCCAUUAUGCAGGAGCUUAUUGAUGAGGUAUCACUAGGUUUAUGUUUUGAGGUGCACAGGUCUUGCAAAAUUGGCACUUUCUUCCUGGCAGACACAGAUAAAGAGUAAGUGGAUAUCAGCCCAAAAGUACUGUCUUAUUGACAAACCAGGUCUUGAUGUUCUGGGUCAAGCACCCACAAAGAAAAAUUUUGAGUGUGUAUGUCCCAGUUGCCAACGCCAUUUGGCAGCCUCACGAUUUGCACCUCAUUUGGAAAAGUGCAUGGGAAUGGGCCGGAACAGCUCACGCAUUGCAAGCCGCAGAAUUGCCAACAAUACAAAAAGAGACAGUGAUGACAGUGCAGGAGAUGAUGAAAAUGACAAUGAUUGGAAUUAUCCCUCGGAAAAUAAAAAAAGUGAAACGGCUAAGGAGGGAAAAGGGAGCUAACUCACCACGAAACAGGCGAGCAGGCAGAAUAAAAAAUGGAGUCGCUGGACAUGCAAAUGCAGCCAAUGGUCCCACAUCAUCACAGGAAAGUCUGGAGUCUUUACCAGAAGUUCCUGUUCCUAACUAUGAGAACAUGACAAUAGAGGACAGGAAAGCACUGCUUCUAAGUACAUGUGGGGUGAUAUCAGAACAUACCAAAAAGAUGUGCACGAGGUCUGUACGUUGUCCUCAGCAUACUGAUGAACAACGUCGACAAGUUCGGCAUUUCCUUUUGAGGCAAAAUCGACAUGCUCCAGAUAUAGAAGAUGUGCACAUUGAUAUCGACACCUGUGAUGACGCAGAGACACAGUCAUUAAGGGAAUCUUUGCAAUGGGAAGCAUCGUCAAAUUCAUCACCAGCAGAUUCUACGUCCACAAACAACAGCACAACUAGCACAAACAAACGUCCAGCAAAAAACUCCAAACCUGGUGGUGGCAGCAAAAAUAAGAAACAAAAGAUGCCAUCGAACAAAAGUAAUUCCUCUGCUUCCAGCAAAGACUCAGCCUCCACCAGUCUGUAUGAUUUCACAAGUUGAAGGUAGAUAUAGAAAUUAGUAGUUCUUGCUGGCCUCUCAUGCUUGUUGUCAGUAAAGGAAGUUUGCUAUUGGUUUUAAGAGGUCAUGGAUACUUGCUGGUAACAAAAGUGAUUUUUAAGAGGUGGGGGUUGGGGAGCACUCUCGAGAGUUGAGAGUAAGACAUUUGAUUUCAGUGGUGCUCAAGAAGAAAGGAACAAAAGAUGAGAUUGUGAAAGAAGACUCUAAUGUGGUAAUGGGUUUACAUAAGCAGUGAUGGAAACAGAAAUAAAUGGUCUUCGUGUAUUCUUGAAUUUGUGUAUCAGAUGGCCAUCAGUUUCUUUUUAAUUGGUGCUUGCUGAUAUGAGUUUGUGUUCAAGCAACAUAGUUUUUGUACAUCAUGUAUGGUAACAAAAAAUAUGUAUAGAUGUUGAAAGCCCCUUUGGGUUAAAACAUUUCCAUUUUUAAAUUAAAAGUUUUGUAUGCACAAAAGUAUAAGCUGAAGAACUCACUGUGUCCCAUUACCUUGUGCAGAAAUUUGCGCCCAUGCACCAGUACACACACGCAUCUCUUUUCAAUCCUUUGUGCACAUGCUUCUGUGCAUAUUAUAGACCAUUCAAACAUUCUGAGUGUAAUAAAAAAAUCGCUUCAUAUCUUGGUCCUGUAAGUCAUAAUUGCAGAUAUUUGCAUUAUUUAUGGAACAUGUUUGGAUGUCUGUGAUGACCAUUAUGGCUAUUUGCUUAUAUUAUCAGUCCUGUGACAGAAAUUGAAAAACUUAUUUAUGGUUGAUCUACUGUACAGUCUGUACUCGUCAGAAUCAGCACAAUAGCUUUCAGUCCCUCCAUUGAGGGUAGUUCCGUUAGUUCACCACAGAAAGAUACCGUACAAUAUUGGGUGGUAUUAUUUAUUACAUGGGAAAAAUGGCCAUAUGCUAGUUGUACCUCAGUCCAACUGUUUUAGGUUUACUCAGAACAAAAAAAUAAAACUACCAAUCAUCCAAUAUUUGAUGUAUUUAUUUUUUAUUAUUUUUCUUGCCAUCCAUUGUCAAUAAAAAAAGAAAUGCAUCCAGUUGUUUGGCAGUUUGCAUCAUCAUAUAACGUCUUACAAAUACCCCAUGUUUUGUUUGUAUGACAGCUCCUAUCAGGUGUGUGUAACUUCUUAACCAUAGAAUUGUGUCCAUUAUUUGGUGUAGUUGCCAAUGAUUCAUGCUGUAGAAUGGUACUUUUGAUAAGCAUUCAACAUACCAUUCCUGUCAUGUGCUUAGAGCUUGGUAAUGAAGCAAAUGUGACUGCCAUUCAUCCUAUUCUUAGUUUUGUAGACAAAAAUUAGAGAUGUGUAUUGCCCCACAUCAAACAUGAACAAGAAGGGAUUAAGGCAGGAAACUUUGUAUUAAUUGCAGCUUCACAUGAUUCUGCUGCAAUUUGCUUAAAGAUUGUGAUUUUUGUCAAGAUGUAGAAUGCCUUAAUGUUUCAGAAGCGCAGAUAGAUAAGCACCACAAUAAUAAGUAACAGCAUAACCAGUCAAUAAACACCAUCGUUGGACUACUUUUCAUUAAAAAGGUAUCAAUACAAAAUGGUUCUUGAGAUGGCGUAUUAAUUCGCUUCUUUCACGUCAAAAUUCCAUAUUUUCAGGGCAACUUGUGUAUCAGCCAUGAAUUAAUUGGUUCUGGCAUCACAUACAGCUUCAGGCCCAAAUGGAUAUUUGAACAGCAAGGAAUACUCACUGCUUUUAUUUAAUCAUGUUUUAAUGACACUGGAAGAAAAAAAUAUACAUGCACAUACAAA